AAUAAUAAUAAUAAUAAUAAUAAUAAUAAUAAUAAUAAUAAUAAUAAUAAUAAUAAUAAUAAUAAUAAUAAUAAUAAUAAUAAUAAUAAUAAUAAUAAUAAUAAUAAUAAUAAUAAUAAUAAUAAUAAUAAUAAUAAUAAUAAUAAUAAUAAUAAUAAUAAUAAUAAUAAUAAUAAUAAUAAUAAUAAUAAUAAUAAUAAUAAUAAUAAUAAUAAUAAUAAUAAUAAUAAUAAUAAUAAUAAUAAUAAUAAUAAUAAUAAUAAUAAUAAUAAUAAUAAUAAUAAUAAUAAUAAUAAUAAUAAUAAUAAUAAUAAUAAUAAUAAUAAUAAUAAUAAUAAUAAUAAUAAUAAUAAUAAUAAUAAUAAUAAUAAUAAUAAUAAUAAUAAUAAUAAUAAUAAUAAUAAUAAUAAUAAUAAUAAUAAUAAUAAUAAUAAUAAUAAUAAUAAUAAUAAUAAUAAUAAUAAUAAUAAUAAUAAUAAUAAUAAUAAUAAUAAUAAUAAUAAUAAUAAUAAUAAUAAUAAUAAUAAUAAUAAUAAUAAUAAUAAUAAUAAUAAUAAUAAUAAUAAUAAUAAUAAUAAUAAUAAUAAUAAUAAUAAUAAUAAUAAUAAUAAUAAUAAUAAUAAUAAUAAUAAUAAUAAUAAUAAUAAUAAUAAUAAUAAUAAUAAUAAUAAUAAUAAUAAUAAUAAUAAUAAUAAUAAUAAUAAUAAUAAUAAUAAUAAUAAUAAUAAUAAUAAUAAUAAUAAUAAUAAUAAUAAUAAUAAUAAUAAUAAUAAUAAUAAUAAUAAUAAUAAUAAUAAUAAUAAUAAUAAUAAUAAUAAUAAUAAUAAUAAUAAUAAUAAUAAUAAUAAUAAUAAUAAUAAUAAUAAUAAUAAUAAUAAUAAUAAUAAU